ACCAAGUCACGGUCGUUGUGCUUGCUGUUUGUGAGUUUUCUAAAAGUUUCUUUUAGAGCAUUUUAGAGCAUUUUAGUGUCAAUCGAGGGCUGAUCUUGCAAACAAGUGUGCAGAAUUUCAUUGUGUUGCGACAUCAAACCACAUCAAUCGCGUCUGGAAGACAAAAGUCGAGUGAUCGAGUUAGAAACUCAAAACGCUGCUGAAGGAUUGCCAUAAAGGAUUUUCAUCGACGCACAGCUUGAUUUAUUAAGCUCAAAGUUCAUAUCAGUGUAGCAUUUUUGCCGUGAUUUUAAACCUGGUGUAAAUGCACUCUGGUACUGCAUUUUGGAGCGAAAAAAGCCAUCUAAUAAGCUUCUCACCACAGAUUACUACAAACAUAUAUAUCUUCUACGGUACGGUUGACGAUAUCUUCUAUAUGUAUUAUGUACGUAAGAAUUUUUUAAGCAGGCUAAAUUUUUACUAGACCCAAAAAACAAAGUAUAUUUCACUUUUAUAAAUCAAUAAAGGAAUCAAUAAAGGAAUAAAGGAUCAGGAAACAUAAGUGAAGGUGGAGGCUAAACGAACGUGGGUGUAAUUUAUUUCAAUGUUUUUUUAUUUUAGAUAUGUCAAUGACCAAUGACAUAUGUAAUGACACAUCAAACAUCAUAGAUAUUCCUAAAUUAUAAUUCGACGUAAACAUUUUGAAACUAAUUGUUUCAGAAUACUGCUAAUUAUUCAAUUAGCAGAUUAUAGAGGCAUUACUGGUUCAAGAUUAGGACGCCGGCAGGUGAGAUGAGAACCACUUGCUUGGAUAUAUCUCUGUAAAAUGCAAAUAGUGUUCUACUUAUUUAAACCAGAUCCAGUUUAUGGUAGUGACGCUCGUAAGUAGAGAAAUGACUGUCUGAUUGAUUAAAAACCUUACUUGUAAGGGCAAUUUUCUGGUUUGUCAUAUGCACAUUUAUCUACGUAUGAAGGAAGCAUGAACAUUAAAUUUUUAUUGUCAUAAAUUCCUAAUUACGAUUUACAGUUCAUGUUAGACGUGAUUCAUGAAAAAGAACGUGAUAACAUUUGAUUAACCAUUUUAGACUUGUAGUACAAGUUGGCGUCAUUCAUUUGUAUUUACCAUAUGUACACAUAUUAUGUAAUCACUAAUCUCCAUACAUAAUCAAAAAAUACAUGGGUUCAAGUAUGGUUCAAGUGUAGGUGUUGGUAUAGUAAAAUCAGCUGGAUCAUUCAUUAAACAGCUUGACAUUCACUUUCUUAAAGGUUUCAUGAAAUUUAUCAAGAAACUGUAAAAUAAACUUGUAUCGCAUCAGCACCAAAAUGACCGAGAAAGACUUGGACGUUGUUGUAGUUGGUUCCAUUAUCAUGGAUUUGAUCAGCUAUUCUAGCCGCAUUCCAAAGUUGGGAGAGACGAUUGAAGGAAUGGAUUUCAUGACAGGGUUUGGGGGAAAGGGGGCAAAUCAGUGCGUUGCAGCUGCCAGACUUGGUGCAAAGUGUGCAUUUGUUGGAAAGAUUGGGGACGACGACAAUGGUCAACGCUAUUAUGCACAACUUCGCAAAGAAGGAAUCAAUGUGGAAGGCAUCCACAUAGAAAAAGGCAAGCCAACUGGGGUUGCAACAAUUUUGGUACAAGAAACCGAUGGUCAAAACAUCAUCGUAAUAGUACCCGGAGCCAAUAAAAUGGUAACUCCAGUGUACAUUCGAGAACAUGGUGAACAAUUCAUAAAACGUGCAAAAGUAGUAAUUGUUCAACUGGAGAUUCCGAUAGAGUCAACACUUGCUGCGUUAGAAUUAAGCAAAAAAUAUGGCGCACUCACGAUUUUUAAUACGGCUCCAGGUUUAAGUAACAUUCCAAGAGAAAUGUUUUCACUGACAGAUAUUCUUUGUUUGAAUGAAACCGAGACUCAACUAGUUACAGGAAUUCCCAACGUAACAUCGACAACUGACGCUGAAGUCGGAAUAAAAAUGUUGCUGGACAGUUUCCCUUGCAAAAGUAUAAUAGUGACGAUGGGCUCUCAAGGAUCCGUAUUUUGGGACGACGACGGGAAGAAGGUCAGCGUCAUCGGGGCUGAAAAAGUGAAAGCUGUCGACACGACUGGUGCGGGGGACUGCUUCGUGGGGACGCUCGCAUUCUGCUUGGCCAACCAGGAUAGUUUAGAGUCUGCCAUAAAACAGGCCACGGCCAAUGCGUCCGACAGCGUCUUGAGGAAAGGAACGCAAAGUAGCUUUCCAUCAAAGUUAUUGUGAAGUUUGCAAAAUUAUAAUAUUGUUAUUGAAAGUUUGACAUUGCUUUUUGGUAAUAAAUUGAAUACGGAUGAUCAGGCUCUUAUUAUUAAUAA